AUGGAUACAUGUGAGUUUAUUGAGGACCAGGAUACCCAACAGGUAUACGAAGAGCUUUUUAAGAAAACUGCCGAGCAGGAGAGAAGGUAUAACGAAAUAGAAAGCAAAAUCAACAACGAAAUAAUUCGGCUUCUGAUUAUAGAGCAGGAGACGAUUGAAAAGGACAAGCAGAUUCUAAAGAGCGAGAUAGAGCACCUGGAGCAGGAGAAGGAAGCUAGAAAAGAGGCAGAAAACGAAGUGCAUGCAAGAAAGAAGGAAACAGAAGAGAAAGAAAAACAGCUGAAAGAAACACUUAAAUCCAAGAAAGAAAUGGAAAAGCAGCUGCAGGAUCUGCAGAAUACGCUAGAGGUAUUCAAGGAGAGAAUGUCGCAGGAGACCGAGGAAGAGCAGAAGCGAAAGGAGGAAAUAGCCCAAAUCAAAUCGAAAGAAAAGCAGCUGAUUCAAGAUCUAAAAGAAAAAGAAAAGGUGGUUGCGCAGAAGGAGGCUGAGUUGAAACAGGAAGUUGAAAGUAAGAGGCGAGAAAUUGAUCGGGCAGAGGCCCUUUCCAAGGAAAUAGCGGAAGCCCAGGCCGAGCUAAGCAAGCGAGAGAAAGAAAUUCAAGAGAAAGAACAGGAAAUAUCCCAGUUUGAGCAGACUCUGAAAGAGGUAAAAAGGCUGAAGGAGAAAAGAGAGGAGGAGACGUACGAAAAGGAGCGGAAUUUAAAAAGAAAAGUAUCAGAGCUGGAAGAAAGGAUCAAAACCACACCGGAGUGCACCGCGUCAAUUAGUGAAGAGAUAAAUAGACUGAAAAUAGAAAGUGAAAUAAGUAAGGCAAAAGUUGAGGAAAAGUCCAAGACAAUAGAAAUACUGCAGAGCACAAUACAAAGAUUAGAGUCUCUAUUUUCCAAGCAGAUGGAGUACACCAUGGUCAAUCUUCCAAAGACAAGCUCACCCGUGCAAGCAGAAAGCAUUGAGAGCCCAAGAUCUUCCGCAGGCAGAAGUAAGGCAAAGAGUGCAGCAAAUGAGCACGCCGAUGAUAAGAAAGCAAAUUCAGUUGAGGCUCAAGAAAAGGAAGAUGAAAGUGAUGAUGCGGUUCGUAUGAAGGAAAAUGCUCCAAAAAAGGAAAUUCUUACCAAAGAGAAAGAAGCAGCCACCCGAAGUAUUCCUACACCAAGAGCUCUUUCAAAAGAAAAGGUGCCUAAGGCAGCUGCAAAGCAGCCGGCAAAAAGAAAGGGAAAGGGCGAGCUGGUGGAUAUAAAAAAGGAAAUGGCAAAGCAGGCACAGGCGAGAGAAAUAAAGAAGCUGAAGGAGUCGUCUGACACUGAAAGCGAUUCAAAGGACAAGAAAGACUUUAGUACCCUCUUUGGAAAGAAAAAACCCAAAACUGUUUUCACAGGCCGCCCGGAGGCGUCUUCCUUCUUUGCAAAUUUAUCAUUUUCAGACUAUGAGCCAGAUACAUCCGAGAGGUAA